UUCUAUGCAGGAAGAUGGUCAGUGUGGUGGAUAGAGUGGUAUUUGUUUUCUUCGUCACAGCACAGGUUUUUACACUAGUCUGGUGCCAGGUGUGUCCACGGAGAUGCCAGUGCCCUAAAGAGCCUCCCAUGUGUCCCCCUGGGGUGCCUCUGGUUCUGGAUGAUUGCGUCUGCUGCCUGGUGUGUGCCCGUCAAAAAGGGCAGGCGUGCUCUGACAUGAAUCCCUGUGACACGCGUAAAGGGCUCCAAUGUGACUACUCAGCUGACAUCCACAAGAGGACUGGUAUUUGUACAGCUCCCAAGGUAGCUGUGUGUGUUAUAGACGGCUCUGUCUACCAGAACGGUCAGACCUUUUUCCCCAGCUGUAAGUACCAGUGUAUAUGCCGCGACGGGCAGGUGGCAUGUGUGUCACGCUGCAACGUGGAUGUUAUGCUGCCUGGACCAGACUGCCCCAUGCCACGCAGGAUCCAGGUGCCUGGAGAGUGCUGCGAGAAGUGGGUGUGUGAGCCCCAGGCUGGGGCUAGUGCACUGGGCGGCUUUGCCAUGGCAGCCUACCGUCAGGAAGAAACUGUGAGUUUUGACGGAUGGGACCGGAGCCUGAACUGCAUUGAGCAGACUACAGAGUGGGGAGCGUGCUCUCAAACGUGCGGCAUGGGAGUGUCCACCAGGGUCACAAAUAAGAACAGCCGGUGUGAGAUGGUGAAGCAGAGUCGGCUGUGUAUGAUUAGACCCUGUGAUGAGCAGCAGGUCCAGCUGACACAGCUUGCACAAAAGAGAGGCAGUAGGUGCCAGAAGAUGGUGAGGAGCAGCAAAGCCAUUCACCUCUCCUAUAAGAACUGCACCAGCGUCCAAGCCUACAAACCUCGGUUCUGUGGCUCCUGCACAGACGGACGCUGCUGCACCCCUCACAGAACCAAAACCGCGCUGGUGGAGUUCCAGUGUGCUAAUGGGAAAACUACACGGAGGCCUGUCAUGGUGAUCGUGACGUGUGCCUGCCACCGCCACUGCCCUCGAGACAAUGCUGUGUGGCCGCCCUCAGAGCUGGGUUACACUGGCAUGAGAAUGUAG